CGUUUGCUAGGCAGCUCGCAGCCGCCGUCAGUCCAGCUCUGGGUUUCCUUCAACCGCAAGCCGAUGCGCCUGGCACAGUUUGUAACCAAGCAUCCAAUUAAGGAAUAUUAUGUUGCCGAUGCCUCGGAGGACCAGGUGUUUGUGUGCGUCAGCCACGAUGACAACCGUACCAACCUCUAUAUCUCAGAGGCAGAAGGCCUGAAAUUCUCCCUAUCUUUAGAAAACGUGCUCUACUACAGCCCGGGAGGAGCUGGCAGUGACACCUUGGUCAGGUAUUUUGCCAACGAGCCCUUUGCAGACUUCCACCGCGUCGAAGGGGUGCGAGGCGUCUACAUCGCCACCCUGAUCAACGGCUCCUUCAGCGAGGAGAACAUGCACUCCGUCAUCACCUUCGACAAGGGGGGCACCUGGGAGCUGCUGCAGCCCCCGGCACAGACGCGCUACGGGGAGCGGAUAGACUGUGAGAUUUCUCAGGGCUGCUCUCUCCACCUGGCCCAGCGCCUGAGCCAGCUGCUGAAUUUCCAGCUGCGGAGGAUGCCCAUUCUCUCCAAGGAGUCGGCGCCGGGACUGAUCAUCGCCACCGGCUCCAUCGGCAAGAACAUGGCGAGGAAAACCAACGUCUAUGUGUCGAGCAGUGCAGGAGCAAGGUGGAGAGAGGCGCUGUCUGGACCCCACUAUUACACUUGGGGUGACCAUGGUGGCAUUCUGGUGGCCAUUGCUCAAGGCACCGAGACCGACCAGCUCAAGUACAGCACAAACGAAGGGGAAACCUGGAAAACAUUCACUUUCUCAGAGAAGCCGGUGUUUGUGUAUGGCCUGCUUACCGAGCCCGGGGAGAAAAGCACCAUAUUCACCAUCUUUGGCUCAUACAAAGAGAAUGGGCACAGCUGGCUGAUACUGCAGAUCAACACCACUGACGUGCUGGGGGUCCCUUGCACCGAGAACGACUACAAACUGUGGUCACCCUCCGACGAGCGAGGCAAUGAAUGCCUACUGGGGCAUAAAACCGUUUUCAAAAGGAGGACUCCUCAUGCGACCUGUUUCAAUGGGGAAGAUUUUGACAGGCCUGUCAUGGUCUCCAACUGCUCUUGUACAAGGGAAGACUUUGAAUGUGAUUUUGGCUUUAAACUGAGUGACGACUUAUCGUUAGAAGUUUGUGUUCCUGACCCUGAAUUCGCUGGGAAACCGUACGACCCGCCAGUCCCUUGCCCUGUUGGCUCAACUUACAAGAAGACUCGAGGCUACCGAAAGAUCUCCGGGGACACUUGUACAGGUGGAGACAUCGAGUCGCGGCUCGAAGGGGAGCUGGUACCCUGCCCACUAGCUGAGGAGAACGAGUUCAUUCUCUACGCCACCCGCUACUCCAUCCACCGCUACGACCUGGCCUCCGGCGUCAGCGAGGAGCUGCCCCUGGCCGGGCUGCGCGGGGCGGUCGCCCUCGACUUUGACUACGACCACAACUGCUUGUACUGGGCCGAUGUCACCCUCGACAUCAUCCAGCGUCUUUGUCUCAAUGGCAGCUCUGGGCAAGAAAUAAUCGUAAGCACUGGGCUGGAAACAGUGGAAGCUUUGGCCUUUGAACCUCUCAGUCAGUUGCUGUAUUGGGUCAACGCCGGGAUUCCCAAAAUUGAGGUUGCCAAUCCAGAUGGAGACCUGCGACUCACUGUCCUCAAUUCCUCAGUACUUGAACGUCCCAGAGCCCUCACUCUGGUUCCCCAAGAUGGGCUGAUGUUCUGGACAGACUGGGGAGACUCCAGAGCUGGCAUUUACAGAAGCGACAUGGACGGGUCAGCAGCCAGCUGCAUCGUUUCGGAGGGCGUGCGGUGGCCGAAUGGCAUUUCCGUGGACGACCGCUGGAUCUACUGGACCGAAGCCUAUAUGGACAGGAUCGAGAGGGUUGAUUUCAAUGGGAUGCAGAGAUCUGUGAUCCUGGACACACUCCCUCACCCCUACGCUAUCGCUGUCUUUAAGAAUGAAAUCUACUGGAACGACUGGUCACAGCUGAGUAUUUUCAGAGCAUCCAAAAACAGCGGCUCAAAAAUUGAGAUCCUAGUCGGGCGAUUAAAUGGAAUCAUGGAUAUGAAAAUCUUUUACAGAGGAAAGACAACAGGGGAGAACGCCUGCAUCGCUAAGCCCUGCAGCCUGCUCUGCUUGCCCAAGUCAAACAACGGCCGGAGCUGCAAGUGCCCCGAGGGGGUGUCCAGCACCGUGCUGCCCACUGGGGAGGUGAGGUGCGACUGUCCUCACGGCUAUGCCAUGAAGAACAACACCUGCAUAAAGGAAGAAAACACGUGUCUGCCAAACCAGUACAGAUGCUUCAAUGGGAACUGCAUAAACAGCAUUUGGCAGUGUGACAACGAUAAUGACUGUGGGGACAUGAGCGAUGAGAAGAACUGCCCCACCACCGUGUGCGACACCGACACCCAAUUCCGCUGCCAGGGCUCGGGGACCUGCAUCCCGCUGUCCUACAAGUGCGACCUGGAGGAUGACUGCGGCGACAACAGCGACGAAAGUCACUGUGAGGCUCACCAGUGCAGAAACGAUGAAUUCAGCUGCAGCUCAGGGAUGUGCAUUCGUCUCUCCUGGAUGUGUGAUGGUGAUAACGAUUGCAGGGACUGGUCAGAUGAAGCAAACUGCACUGUAUAUCACACCUGCGAGGCCUCCAGCUUCCAGUGCCAGAACGGCCACUGCAUCCCGCAACGCUGGGCCUGCGACGGCGACGCCGACUGCCAGGACGGCUCCGACGAGGACCCUGCCAACUGCGAAAAAAAGUGCAACGGCUUCCAGUGCCCGAACGGCACUUGCAUCCCGACCAGCAAACACUGUGAUGGCAUCAAUGACUGCUCUGACGCCUCAGACGAGCAGCACUGUGAACCCCUGUGCACUCGCUACAUGGAUUUCGUGUGCAAGAACCGGCAGCAGUGCUUGUUUCACUCCAUGGUGUGUGAUGGCAUCAUCCAGUGUCGAGAUGGCUCAGACGAAGAUGCCAACUAUGCUGGCUGCUCCCAGGACCCUGAGUUCCACCGGACCUGUGACCAGUUCAGCUUCCAGUGCCAGAACGGUGUGUGCAUCAGCCUGGUGUGGAAGUGUGAUGGGAUGGACGACUGUGGCGAUUACUCCGAUGAAGCAAACUGUGAAAACCCAACAGAGGCCCCAAACUGCUCCCGGUACUACCAGUUCCAGUGCGGGAACGGGCACUGCAUCCCCAACCGGUGGAAGUGCGACGCUGAGAACGACUGCGGGGACUGGUCCGACGAGAAGGACUGUGAGGGUUCCCCAGUUCAUCCUGUUACUACAUCAGUCCCACCAACGUGUUUACCCAACCACUUCCGCUGCAACAGCGGCGCCUGCAUCAUGAACAGCUGGGUCUGCGACGGCUACAAGGACUGCGCCGAUGGCUCUGACGAGGAAGCCUGCCCGACUUCACGUAAGCUUCUCUCUUCCUCACCCCUUUCUGUAGCAGCAUGGCUGCAAGGUCGCUGCAGCCGGUUAGAGUUCGAGUGCCAGCAGCUGCACAAGUGCAUCCCCAACUGGAAGCGGUGCGACGGCCUCCGGGACUGCCAGGACGGCACGGACGAGAGGAACUGCCCCACUCACAGCACCCUGUCAUGCCCCAAUGGUUAUCGAUGUGAGGACGGGGAGGCCUGCAUUAUGGCGACCGAGCGGUGUGAUGGAUAUCUGGACUGCUCAGACAGCAGCGAUGAGAAUAACUGUACUGAUGACACGAUCGUGUACAAAGUCCAGAACCUGCAGUGGACGGCCGACUUCUCCGGUGAUGUCACUCUGACGUGGGCUCGCCCAAAAAGAAUGUCCUCAACCUCUUGUGUCUACAAUGUCUAUUACAGGAUGGUCGGUGAAAGCAUUUGGAAGAUUUUGGAAACCCACAGCAACAAAACGAACAGCGUUUUGAAAGUCCUCAAGCCUGACUGUACCUAUCAGGUGAAAGUCCAAGUGCAGUGUCUCAGCCGAGUCUACAACACCAACGACUUCAUCACCCUCCGGACACCCGAAGGACUACCCGAUGCUCCCUUUAACCUUCAGCUGUCCCUGAAAAAAGAAGCUGAAGGAGUGGUGAUGGGCUUCUGGAGCCCCCCUGUGAACGCCCACGGCCUCAUACGGGAAUUUAUUGUGGAAUACAGCAGCAGUGGAUCCAAGGAGUGGUCGUCCCUUAGAACCACCAAGAACUACACUGAGAUCACGAACUUACAGGUCAACACAUUGUACACAGUUAGAGUUGCUGCAGUAACUAGUCGAGGAGUGGGAAACUGGAGUGAUUCAAAAUCCAUAACCACCGUAAAAGGCAAAGUCAUUCCUCCACCUGUCAUACAUGUUGAAAGCUACAGCGAAGACUCUAUAAGUUUCAGUCUAAAAAUGUCUACUAAUAUUAAGGUCAGGGGGUAUGUUGUGAACAUCUACUGGACAUUCGAUACACACAGACAGGAAAAAAGGACUCUGGUCAUAGAAGGAGAAAAGUCCAUCCAAAAAGUGGCAAAUUUGACAGCACACACCCCCUAUGAAAUCUCUGCUUGGGCUAAGACGGAGCUAGGCGACAGCCCUCUGUCUUUUGUACAUGUGGUGACCAGUGGCACAAGACCUGCGUCGCCGAGUCUCAAAGCCAAGGCCAUCAACCAGACGGCGGUGGAGUGCAGCUGGACUGGACCGAGGAAUGUCCUCUAUGGCAUCUUCUAUGCCACAUCCUUCCUAGAGCUGUACAGAAGCCCUCACAACACCACCACGACCUCCCACAACAUCACGGUGCUCGUACAGCGGGAUGAGCAGUACCUCUUUCUGGUCCGUGUGAUGUCUCCCUACCAAGGGCCACCGUCCGACUACGUUGUGGUGAAGAUGAUCCCUGACAACCGGCUUCCCCCCCGGCACCUCCACUCGGUGCACACCGGCAAGACAUUCGCGGUCAUUAAGUGGGAAUCGCCCUAUGAUUCGCCCGACCAGGACAUGUUAUAUGCUGUUGCAGUUAAAGAUUUAGUGAGAAAAACAGAUAAAAUCUACAAAGUGAAAACCCGGAACAGUACGGUGGAGUACACCAUCAAGAAACUUGAACCAGGAGGCAAAUACCACGUGAUUGUCCAACUGGGAAACAUGAGCAAAGAAUCCAGCAUGAAGAUCAACACAGUUCCGCUGUCAGCACCAGACGCCUUAAAAAUUAUAACAGAAAACGACCAUAUUCUGCUUUUUUGGAAGAGUUUGGCAUUAAAGGAAAGUAAUUUCAAUGAAAGCCGGGGUUAUGAGAUUCACAUGUUUGACAGCUUGAUGAACAUCACAGCUUAUCUGGGGAACACCACAGAAAACUUCUUCAAAGUUUCCAACCUGAAGAUAGGUCACAACUACUCAUUCACCGUCCAGGCCAGGUGCCUGUACAGCGGGCAGAUGUGCGGCGAGCCAGCCACGCUUCUCUACGACGAACUAGGAACUGGUGAAGACGCCUCCGCAGCGAAAGCUGGUAGAUCCACGGAUGUCGCAGCCAUCGUGGUACCGGUGCUGUUCCUGUUGCUGGUGACCCUGGGCAUUGGCUUUGUGGUGCUGUACAUGAGGCACAGGCGGCUGCAGAACAGCUUCACUGCCUUUGCAAACAGCCACUACAGCUCCCGCCUGGGCUCGGCCAUAUUCUCCUCCGGAGACGAUUUAGGAGAUGAGGAUGAUGAAGCCCCAAUGAUAACCGGAUUUUCAGAUGAUGUUCCCAUGGUCAUCGCAUGAAGCGCGUUUCUGACUGUACAAACCAAAUGGUGUAAAUAUUUUAUUUGAUAAAAAUAGUUGAUUGUUUAUUUUAAAAAUGCACUUUGAGUUGCAAUAUGUUAUUUUUAUAUGGGCCAAAAAAAAUUUUAAAAAUACACUUUGUAGUGAUCAACUGUGAAUUGCAGACUAGGUUGGUUUAGCAACAAAUUGCUUCGAUUUAACAUUAAUUUAGUCUUACAAGGCUAUGCUUGCUGGGCAUGCUUUUAAGUCUGUGAGAUUUUUCGUUGACUAAAUUGGCUACUCAUUUUAUUUUUCUAAGACAAGAAUAAAUUUAUUUAAAAAAAUUCAGGAGAUUAUAUAUGUAGAGAGAGAUAAGUAAUAUAGUCCCUGAAGGUUUUGCUUUUACUUUAAAAAAAAAAAAA